AUGGCUCAGAAUUUGACUUCUCAUCGGAGGAUCUUUCCGGGGCACCAGCUUCCCGAGGAAUGCGUAAAGAGCAUACUCAUCCGCGUUCUCUACGCUCUCGACUUCCUGCAUUCUAAAGCCAAAGUGAUACAUACAGAUCUGCACCCGAAGAAUAUCCUCGUGGCGUCUGGUGAUAAGACGAUUUUCUCAGAUCUUGAGCGGGAUGAGAUGGAACACCCGAGUGCUCGCAAGGUCGAUGGUGAUCGAGUGAUCUACGAGUCCCGCGAGCUUGGAGUGCCGAAAAAACUUAACUUUGGACAACCGAUGAUUUGUGACUUUGGCGAAGCUCGCAAUGGCGCUGAUAGCUACGAUGCGCUGAUUCAGCCGUUCCUGUACCGAGCACCCAAGUGGUUCUACAGAUGCCUUGGGCGGACAAAGUGGACAUGGUCUGUCGGAAUGAUGGCGUGGCAUCUCAUGGAGGGCGAUCCUUUAUUUGACACUACAGAUGCUGACGGUAAGAAUUCUAGCGUGCAGCACGUAGCAGAAAUGUGUGCCCUUCUGGGACCUCCCCCGGGCGAGUUCUUACGACGCAGUCCUAUCAUGUUUGCAUGUUUUGAUGAGAAUUACAAUUUGAAGACCGAGACUGAUUUCUUUGCUUUUAUGCGGAAGAUAUUGCAAUGGGUUCCGGAAGAUCGACAGUCUGCGAAGGAGCUCCUCUCCGAUCCGUGGUUGCGGAGCGGAGUCAGAUCACGUCGAUAA